AUGAAGCCUUUAUUGGUCUUUAUAAUGUACUUACUAUGGCUGAGGGGACAUCGGUGUGCACCUACCAAGGAAGAAGACAUACAUUUUGUGGAAAACCUGAAAAUUUUAUCUGAAGUUGGAGAGAAAUAUGUAGAUGAAGAUGUAAAGAAAGCACUGACUGGCAUUAAGCAGAUGAAAAUUAUGAUGGAAAGAAAUGAAGUCAAAUAUAUGGAUCUGAUGAAAACUUUAAAGAAGAGCAGUGAAGAAAAAGAGAGGUCUUUAAAGAAUUUAUGGGAGGAAUGCAAAUCUUGUCUAGAAAGUAACUGCAUGAGAUUUUAUACCACUUGUCAGCAUGGUUUAUCCACAUUUACAAGCAAGGUUGAAGAUUUUUUCAGGAGAACUAUACCAUUAUCAUUUCCAGUUUAUGAGGUUCAAGCGCAAGAUCUCCAGUUUAAUCAAAAACCUGAAAAAGAGGAUGCCCAGCUAGUACAAAUGGAACAUUUGUUUAACCAGCUGUUAUUCGACAUGGGCACAAUUUUUAAAAAAAGCUUUGUUUUUUUCAAGCAGAUGCAAAAAGAAUUCGACCAGUCUUUUCAAAUAUAUUUUAUGUCUGAUCCAGACUUAACAGAGCCCUAUUUUUUGCCAGCUUUCCCUGAGGAAUCUGUAAGAAAUACUGGUUCCCCCAAAGACUGGGAGGCACCAGGCUUCCUACAACUAGUUUUUGACUUCAGCAGAACAGUCCUGGAAGGUGUCGGUGAAGUGAUUACAGAGGUAUUUGAAGGAUACAGGGAGACUGCAAGAGAUAUGGCAGAACAACUUAAAGAUUCUGACAGAAGUGGAAUGUUCUCUAAGAGCACACCAGGUCAUGAGAGAACAUGCAAUAUGCUGCAUCAGAAUUCAUCAGGAUGCCCUCAUUUUCAUGAGAGAUGCCAAAAAUGUCAGGAUAAUUUUAUGCAAGUUUGCCCCAGUGUCCCUGAACUCCAUAUAAAAUGUGAUGAUGCUUUUAAGCUGGUUAACAUCUCUGGUGAGAUGUAUCAACAGAUUCUCCAGAUUGUCAAGUGUCACACAGAAGACACAUCUUACGUGUUGAAUAAAAUGAAAGAAAGAUUUGGAUGGGUGUCUGAACUCUCCAACAUGAUCAUUGGACCAGAAAACAUUUUCAAUAUAGUAAAGGUGUCAUCAAGUGCCAAAGGAGGUGAUGCUUCCAGUCUGAAUGAAACUGUAGUAGAUGUGAAUAUUUUGACUUCACCUACUUUUACCAUUAAGGUUCCCCAAGAUCUAGACACUGAGAGUUCUGAAUUCAUUGAAUAUGUAGCUGGGAAAGCUUUACAGUUUUACAAGAAGAAUUUCUAG